GAAGAUGACAAUUUAAAACUUCAAGGUUGACAUUGGUUCCCUAGGUUUUUAGGAGCAUACUCUGACAAGUGCAAUGUUGCGGAUGGUUACAAUGAAAUAUUUAAGCUUAUUCAUUCUCGUAUUUCAAAAUCUACUUUAUAUUCUGUGUAUGCGUCAUGCAAGAUCACGACCAACAGAAAUGUUCAAUUCUUCAUCUUUGGUAAUAAUGAGCGAAUGUUUGAAAUUCUUGACAUGUGUAUCAGUUCUAAGCAUUACUGGGAAUUUAAAAAAUUGUUUAAAACUCAUACAACACAAUCCACUAGAUGUUUUAAUGACUUUUAUACCUGCUAUAAUAUAUGUCAUUCAAAAUCGUCUCCUUAUAACAGCUUUGAGUAAUUUAGAUGCAGUCACAUUUCAGGUGGCUUAUCAGUUGAAAUUGUUUACUACAGCAUUAUUCAGUAUGCUUAUUCUUCGGAAACCGGUUAGUAAAAUGCAAUGGUUUGCUUUGGUUUUAUUGUUUAUUGGAGUUGCAACAGUUGAAAGUCCCGUUAAUUCUAAUAAAACUAAUCACCCACCUACAGCAUAUAAUCCUCCAUUAGGAUUAUUUUGUGCUGUAUGGGCAUCCAUAUUGUCUGGUUUGGCAUGUGUAUUUUUUGAAAUGCUUCUGAAAAAUACCAACAAAUCUAUAUGGCAUCGUAAUAUUGAGUUAGCUUUUGCAUCAAUUAUCAUUGGUAUACCUGUACAACUAUUGACCGAUUGGACUGAUAUUACACAAAAUGGCUAUUUUCAUGGUUUUGAUUGGUUUGUUUGGAUAGUUGUAUUUCUACAUGCAUUCGGUGGUUUAUUAGUAGCUUUAGUAGUUAAAUAUGCUAACAAUAUUCUUAAAGCAUUCGCCUGUUGCGUGUCAAUUAUUUUAUCAUGUGCAUUCUCUGUUGUAUUCCUUGGGAUGCAUUUGAGUAAUAGUUUCAUUUUUGGCACAUUAACUGUUAUCGUAUCAUCUAUUCUGUAUUCUAGUUAUCCUCCGAAAAUAAAUGCUCGAUAGAAAUUCGUAUUAUUGUUUUUCAUUAAUUUAACAAUGUUACAAUAAUUUUAGUCUUUUUGUCCAACUCUCCAUUUAACCUCCCAAUAUUUUGUUUACAUUUUUCAAACUACUUUUAAGUAGUAUUAAUGAGUAUGAAAUUUCAGAGAGAACCAAUCUCCAUGUUUGUUCAUUCUUUAAAAUAUUUUGUAAUAAUUACUCUUCAGGAAAUUCUAAGUUGAGCUUUCAUUAAUAACUAUGUUUAAUUAUCUUCAUAGUAGAUUUUUAUAUUUUUCGUAUAUAUAGUUUCAACCAAUUAAUUAUACAAUAACGAUUUGAAAUAUUUUUUUUGAAAUAAACUUAUUAUAUAUGCUAUUCUAAAAUGA